CACUCGCGGCCGCCGGCGCUCGCCCUCCAUCGGCGCUCCCUGUGCACGGCGCGCGGCCCAGGCGCAAUCAACAUGUCGGGGACUGAAGAAGCAAUUCUUGGAGGCCGUGACAGUCAUUCUUCUGGGGGUGGCAGCCCUGUAGUAUGCUUUGGACAGCACCAUUACACCGGAGAAGAGUACCAGACCAUCCAGAGCGCUCUGAGGCAGAGACUGGGCCCAGAAUACAUAAGUAGCCGCACGGUUGGAGGACAGAAGGUGUGUUACAUUGAGGGUCACAGAGUAAUUAAUCUGGCCAAUGAAAUGUUUGGUUACAAUGGCUGGGCACACUCUAUCACACAGCAGAAUGUGGAUUUUGUUGACCUUAACAAUGGCAAGUUCUACGUGGGAGUCUGUGCAUUUGUGAGAGUCCAAUUAAAGGAUGGUUCGUAUCAUGAAGAUGUGGGCUAUGGCGUUAGUGAGGGCCUCAAGUCAAAAGCCUUGUCUUUGGAGAAGGCAAGGAAGGAGGCCGUGACAGAUGGGCUAAAACGAGCACUGAGAAGUUUUGGGAAUGCACUUGGAAAUUGUAUUCUGGACAAAGACUAUCUGAGGUCACUAAGUAAACUUCCCCGCCAGUUGCCCCUUGAAGUGGAUUUAACUAAUGCAAAGAGACACGAUUUUGAACCAGCUGUGGAACAAGCGAGAUACAGUAGCUGCCAACAGAACAUGGCUCUGAGACCCCAAAAACCACAAGGGGUGAUGUCCUCUUGCAGACCAAGCCACUCAGAUGAUCCCCAGAUUGUGAUACAGCGGGAUAAGGACAGCAGCUCCAGAUGCCUCACCUCUUCUGAUGUGCAGAGUGAUGCCACCUACCACCGGAAGCUCCGGCAAAAACAGUUGCAGCAGCAGUUCCGAGAGCAAAUGGAAAAACAGCAGCAAGUUCAGCUCUCUGAUCCGCCUGUGGAGAGGAAGGGUCCUGCAGAGCCGCCCUUGCCUCCUGUGAAGCACAGCACUCCUGUGACUGCUGUUUCAGAACCACCCACUGAGAAUGACUUUGCAGAUAGUCUUGAAAUAUGGGAUAUGACUCAAGAUACUUGGGACAGUGUUGCCAAGCUCAUGUCAAGACUGGAACCCCCCACGGACCCUGCCAGUACAGACCUGAAGAACCAGAUGGUGUCCCGAAACAGGAUCCCAAAAAGCUUUUGUCACCAGAAUCGACAAGAAAAAUCUGAACCCUGGCACCCUCAAACUCACAGUGUUAACCAAAACCUAACAGGAAACUGUGAUUCCUACAGGAAAAACCAGGACAUGAAGAAAAGGAAACUGGAUCCAUCUUAGCUGACAUUCAAGCCACAUUAAUUUGUCAGAGACUUUGAAAACUAUUUGUUGUGAAAUUUUUUAUCAUUCCUAGAGAAUGAUCUCUGUUUCCAAGGACUUGCCUUGCUUCAUUCAUUUAAACAGAAUUUGACUAUUGGAACCUACUGCCGAGAAAACCAUGCCACUAGAAAACAAGCAUUUAUAUUUUAAAAGGCUUGUCACACACUGCUAUGGGGAGAGUAAAUACCCUUCUUUGGCUCUUGAGGCUUUUCACUAUUUAUUCCUAAGCUAUUACAUUAAUAAAGAUAGAAAUUUUAGGAAUCACUAGUGGCUACUUUCCCUUAAUCAGUAUAAGCCAGACUUUUAAGUUGUUCAUUAUUAAACUAUUGUAAUCCCCACCUUCUUCGCUUUAGGGCACCAUGUUUUUAAUGUUGCCCAUACAAAUACAGGUAUACCUUGUCUUGUUGCACUUCACAGAUACUGUUGGCUUCCUUUUUUUUUUUUUUUAACAAAUUAAAGGUUGGCAGCCCCACAUUAAGAUGCGAGUCUGUCAGCACCAUUUUUCCAACAGUGUAUGCUUACUUUGGGUCUAUCACAUUUGGUGAUUCUCACAAUAUUUCAGACUUCAUUAUUUUUUUUUAAGGAUUUGUUUUUAUGUAUGUAUGUAUGUAUGUAUACAAGAAUGGGGGUACAGGCCAGAGGUACAUGGGGUAACAGGACUCACCAGAGACAGAGUGGGGAGCAGAACUGGUAGAUCCACUGAAAUACACUGCUGAGGGGAAGAGUGGGUGAGACAGGAGAGGUCUGCUGCACCAUGUGGGUAGCUCCCUGGCCGGGUUGCACUCAGUCCAUAGUGGCUGGUGAGAGCUUGAUAGCUCUGAGAGUUUAACCCUUGUGUCACCAGGGAUGCCCAGAAUUUUCAUUCUCUCUACUACGGACAUAGCAGAUCAGUGAGCUUCGAUGUUACUAAUUGUUUUGGGGAAUCAUAAACUGCCCAUGCAAGGUGGUUUCAUUGAUAAAUGUGUUCUUAUAUGUCCUUUCUCCCAUCUCUCCCUCUGCUGGGGCCUCCCUAUUUCCUAAGACACUACAGUAUUGAAAUUCGGCCAAUUAGCUAGCCCUACAGUGGGCUCCAAGGGUUCUAGUGAAGAGCUGAACGUUUUUCACUUUAAGUCAAAGCUUUUAUAAUUUUAGUUCUCAAGGCAUGUUGAAAACCAAGAGGCCAAAAGUCAGGCCUCUUGGGCCAAACAGUUAACCACAUUAGGAACGCAUAGGAAAAAUUCUUGAAGGAAAUUGAAAGUGUUAUUCCAGCCAACACACAAAUCAUAACAGCAAACCAGCUUUAUUGCUGACGUGGUCAAAGUUUUAGUGGUCUGGAUAGAAGAUUAAACCAGCCACAUUACCUUAAGCCAAAGCCAAUCCAGAGCAACUCUUCUAUGAAGGAAGCUGUAAAAGAAAAGUUAGAAGCUAGCUGAGGUUGGUUCAUGAGACUUAAGAAGCCAUUCAGUACUAAAAAAGUGCAAGGUGAAGCAGCAAGUGCUUAAGUAGAAGCUGCAACAAGUUAGUAAGAGCUACCUAAAAUCACAGAUGAGGGUGGCUGUAGUAACAGAUUUUCAAUGUAGAUGAAACAUCCUGCUAUACAGGAAGAUGCCAUGUAGGACUUUUUAUAAAACUAGACAGAGUCAGUACCUGAAGUUUCAGAGGGCAGGCUGACUGUUCUCAGGGUCUAACAUUACAUGGUGAUUUGAAGUUGAAGCCAGUGCUCAUUUACCACUUUGCAAAUCCUAAGGCCUGUAAGAAUUAAGCUAAAUCUGCUGUCUGUGCUUUACAAAAGGAUCAAAACCUGGGUGACAGUUCGUCGGUUUACAAUAUGGCUUACUGAUUAAGCCCACUGUUGAGACCUACUGCUCAGAAAGAUAGGUUUCAAAAUAUUUCUCAUUGACAACACACCUGUUACCCAAGCGCUUCUAUCAAGAUGUACAAGGUUAAGUGUUUUCAUGCCUGCUAAUGCAAUAUCCUUUUUGUGUAGCCCAGGCAGGGUCAAGAAGUAAUUCCAACUUUCAAGUUUUAUUUAAGAAAUAGAUUGUGAGGAUAUAGCUGUCAAACGGAAAACCUUUUGGAAAGUACUAACCAUUCUAUACACCAUCAAGACUACUCAUGACUCAUGGGCGGUCAAAAUAUCAACAUUAACAAGAGUUUGGAAGUUGAUUUCAACGCUCCUGGAUGACUUUGAGGGUCCCAAGAGGUCAGUGUGGAUGUUACUGAAUAUGUGGUGGGAAUAGUAAACUAGUAUCAGAAGUGGAGCCUUAAACUCAAGUGCUACAAUCUCAUGAGAAAAUAAAUGGAUGAGAAGUUGCUUCUUACAUAUGAACAAAUAACGUCGUUUCUGGAAUCUAUUGGCGACUGUUGUGAACACUGUUGAAAUGACUAUGAAGGAUUUAGAAAAUUCAUAACUUAGUUGAUAAAGCAGUGAUAGGGUAUGAGAGAAGUGACCCUGAUUUUCAAGUAAGUUCUGUGGGUGAAAUGCUACUAUCCGUGCUACAGCAUGCCAUACUACAGAGAAACCUUUCAUGAAGAGGCAAUCAUUGUGGCAAAACCUUCCACCAGCAAAAAGAUUGCAACUGGCUGAAGAUGAAGGUCAGAAAUUUUUAGCUAUACCUUCAAGGUAUUUGCUUUUUAAGUCUUAAUGCUAUUGCAUACUUAACACUAUAAACAACUUUCACAUGCACUGGGAAACAAAUUUAUGACUUUUUGGAGUGCUCUGGAAGUUGCAGUAUCUCUUAGGUGUGCUUGCACUGUGUAUUACACAAGAAUAAAAGCUAUA